AUGGAAAGACUUGUUUCUAGACAGACAGGCAGCUUACAAGAAUACUGUUCAAAUGAAGGAAACAUUUCCAGAAAUGUUAUCACACUGAGCAUUCUUUCUGUUGGACCUGUGCAGAAAGGUCACACAUGGUCCGCUGAGGAUUCAUCACUUGUUUGCUGUGGGUCUCAUUAAAGAGAUUACCUGGGUGAGGAGUCUCUCCCAUUUUUAAAAGAG